CCUUUUGUCUGGAACUCACUUCUACACUCUUCUGAGAACUGAAAUCAAUCAAAGCACAGCACCCAUGGCGUUUACUCACUCUCUGCCACCACCGCUUCAACUUGUUAAACCCUCUUCCAUCUCUCCAAAACCCUCCAUUUUCUUCAACCAAUCCUCUUCCAUCUCCUCUAAUCUCUUCAACCCCCCUUCCACACUUCAUAACCCUUCUCCAUUUUCCACCCUCCGCACCAGGAUCAUCGUUAAGUCCAAAGCACAAGAACCUGAAGUUAGUGUGGCUUCUGAUGCAUUUACGCAGUUUAAGCAUUUGCUUUUGCCAAUUACUGAUAGAAAACCCUAUCUAUCUGAGGGAACAAAACAGGCUAUAGCUACUACUACUGCCUUAGCUAAAAAGUAUGGAGCUGACAUAACAGUUGUAGUUAUCGAUGAACAGCAGAAGGAGUCACUGCCUGAGCAUGAGACCCAACUAUCUAGCAUCCGUUGGCAUAUAUCUGAAGGUGGAUUGAAGGACUAUAAAUUGCUUGAGCGGCUUGGUGAUGGAAGUAAGCCAACGGCAAUAAUUGGUGAUGUUGCUGAUGAACUUAAUUUGGAUUUGGUAGUUAUUAGCAUGGAAGCAAUUCAUACAAAGCAUAUAGAUGCAAAUUUGCUUGCUGAGUUCAUUCCCUGUCCUGUCAUGCUUUUGCCAUUGUAGUUUACACUUUUUUAGACUUUAGACAAGGAAUAUUUUUGUUUCAUUUGCAAUGUCUUCUUUGCUGCAAUUUGAUGUUCAAUGUUGUUAUCUAGUAUAUGCUACUAUAAAGUGUUAGUGAAAUUUUAUUUAAGCAUUCUGUAUUUGACUAA